AUGGCGGAACGACCGGAUGAGGGUGUAGAGAUGUUGGAAACCCCAAGCGGGGAUGGCGAUGGGGUUUCUUCAGGGGAGGACAAGAGUGGCCAUAGCUCGUCCUCAGAUUCUGAGCAAGAUGAAGAGGCGGAGAACAUACAGAUUGAUGCCUUGGAAAAGGCCGUUCAGGAGAACCCUGCGAACUACGAAGCUCACGUUCAGGUACGUCUCCAUCAUGCCAAUACCUCGUCAUUUGACACAUCCAAGGCCGAAGCUCUUGUCUCAUUUACAUAUGAGUGAUUCAUCCGUUUAUUCAUCAGUCUGCUACAAAGGUUGACGCCGGUUCUUCUGAAUAGUGUAUUUAUCAAGCAAUUCAUGCGACGGGCGGUCAGACUGUUCGUCUGUUGCCUACUCCUAUUUGUCCCGUCUCAUCGGAUGUCUUCGUUGACUUGCUAUGCAUAAUAUGAGGAUAAUGAGAUGUUGCUGUGGAAACUGAAUCCCAUGAUCCAAGGACUGCAAAGAGUAAAAAUAAAUCUACUCACGGAUGUUACAAUGGAUGACGUCGUUAGGUCUAUUUAUUCUACAUACUCUUACCAUAUUUUCAAGAGUAGAGAGGAAACAUGUGCAUGGUGGUACUGAUAGUGGAUAAGGGGAAUUAUUCAUUAUCUUGACUCAUCUGCAGACGCUCGGCGACUUAGAUCGAGAGGAAGUUGGGCAUUCAGGAGUGACAGCGGACACAAUUUUUGGUCAUAGAGUGAGAGAGCUGAUUGUGAUCUUUGUUAGAAGGACUGCACUAUUUGAGUUUGGAGGCUGGCCUAGAGAAGGUUCCUUGGCACGAUGAGAUCAUAAAUGUUAAUGAAUACAUGUCAGGAUUUGCUUUUAAAAGGAAAAAGCAAGAAGAUAGUGGCUCCUCAUGAUUGAUGUCCCAGUUUCUGAGCAUUUAUUUAAGAUUGUUGCAGCCGUAUAUUCUAGAAACAAUGCUAAUUUUUUGAGGCCUAUGGAAAUUACGCAUUUAUGUUGGCUGACAUUAUUUUACCCGGGAAUCGUGCAAUUCAAAAUUUUUCAGUGGUUAAACUGAUGAAUGAUAUUGUAAUAGUCGUCACGUAACUGGAUUUUAAGUGUUGUCAGGCAUAGGUCGUUUCACUUCUACAUCUGUUCGGUUCGGUUGGUUUCCUUGUUUUCUUCUGUCAUCCUUCUCUUAUUAUAUACAGCAGUAUACAUUUGUGCCACAGAUUAGCUGACAAGAAAAUUGGCGUUGUAAAAUUUUAUGAAGUACUACGUUUUUCGUUGUAAGGCAUAUUUAAUUUAUUCGUCAGGUAGGGCUCGUGUCACACUGGUUCUGUUCUUCCAUUGAUAUUGGAAGAGGUGCAUUCUCGGUAUUAUAAAAUAUUUUGUGGCUUUGUUUAAUCCUUGUUGCUUUCUUUUUACCAUUUGAAUAUAAGCUGUCUGAUGAAAGAUAUGAAUAAAAACACUUUAACUGCUAAUAAAUAAUUAAAACGAUGUAUUACAUUUCAAAUAACAUGAUUCAUGUUUCUCACAAUCAUUUUAUUUUAUUUCUUGUUGUGUCAGCAGCUUUUAUAAAAAAAAUCAUUUUUCAUAGGUUUAUAAACUCAUUUUUUGUAUUUCCUUAGCUCCACAUGUUUAAGUUUUGAUUUAAGCUUAUUAAAUGACUUUUCCUGUUUGCGCAGUAUAUACAGUGCUUAAGGAAGUUCUGUAACACUGAGAAGCUCAGACAAGCAAGAAAAUCAAUGAGCGAAUUGUUUCCCUUGAGUCCUAAAAUGUGGAUUGAGUGGGCGAACGAUGAAAUUACAUUGCAUUCCAGGUACACCACCAACUUAGGUUGCAGAUAUGGUAGUGUUUUCAUUGUGUGAUUUAGGGAGGCAGGGAGGCUGCGUUUUCGAGAUUGAGAUUUGACGCUCAGUUGUGCAAAAUUCAUAUCUUAUUUAUUUAUCCACAAUAGAGUGAUUUCAAUCAAUCAAGACCGUUUACUAUUUUUUUCCCAGUGUUAAGUUGGAACAGGCUGCCAGUGAACGUAAAGAUUUUACCAGGAUGGUGAUUUUAUUUCCGUGUCAAAUUGCAGAUAGCCACAGUGUCCAAGUUGGAUAUCUUCUUUUUCAAUGAUAAAACAAAUACUUGGACAAGCAUGCGUAAAAUUCAUUUCUGUAAAAACUUCUUUAGAAGAAGCGUACAAUCGGCGUCCAAGUGCUGCAGGAAUUUCAAGGCCUUGCUAGGGAACAGUGUUAUGCAGAAGAGAAAGACAUUUGAACCCAGGCGAAUGGGCAAUACAAGAACUUGUCUCCCAUUGGCAAUGCAAUGGUUUUGCUUGUCGCCUUAUUCUCCAUUUCUGUAUCUUGUUUGAAAUCAAGAAAAGUAGGUCCUUAUGUUGUAAAACAGUGGAUAUUGGAAGACGUCAUCCUAAUUGGAUGAUUGACUAAAGUUUACAUAUGAAAUGGCAAAACACUUUACCUCAUCAAUGAGCCAAAAAUUAAUGAAUUCAAUUAGUGAAAAUAAUCUUUCUGAAAUCAAGAAAUACAUCUACUAAUAAGAUGUUAAAUGUUAUUCUGAAAGUCUUACCAACAGUUGGAGGUUGAGCAGUGCCUAUGGUGGUGGGGGCUUUCUCUAGGGUGGUGUUUGGGGGAGGGGGGGGGGUGUUGUUUACCACUAAGGGGAGCUCUAGCUACUUCUUUUUUAUGGGGUUGCGUGAAUGCUCUGUGAUGUAUCCGUAAAAAGAAAAUGGCAGUGUUAUUUAGUAUGACUCAACAGGCUUCAAACAGUGGUGUAUGAGACCUAUUUCUUGAGAGUUCUAUGAGGCACACGAGUUUUUUUCUUGGAUUUGUUGUAUUUGUCAUUUUGGCGUUUCCCUAAGCAAUACACUCUAGAUUUACCUGCCUUAGGAAAGCUGUCUUUGUCCAACUAUGUCCAUGUGUGAACCCCUUAAUUCUGCAUGUAAAUAUUAUUACUUCAUGUUACCAGUCUGUGCUAUGACAAACCAUGUUUUCUUAACUGGAAGUAUCUAUUUCAGUAAUGGUGGACAUUAUUCUGGAAAAGAUGCAUUUGUUGGUUGUCCAUAAAUAGAGUCACUUUGUUACUUAAGAUCUUUAUUCUCUUUUAUAUUGCACUGCAGUAUUGAAGCUGUUCCCGUUAUUGAAGAGAUUUAUGAAAAUGGAGUCCAUGAGUAUUUGGUAGGUUUAUAUCCUGAUUCUGGACAAAGAUUCCUGGCAUGAGAUUUCUUUUUUUUUAAAUGAAGACUACUGAUCGGUUUCUUUCCUCCUUCUCUAGUCAGUUCCUUUGUGGUUGGAUUAUCUUCGUUUCAUUGAAGAACAUGAUCAGUCCGUAGCCCAGUGUGCCCCAGCUGGUGUUUCGAAGAUGAGGAAUUUAUAUGAGCGUGCCAUUUCUGCUGCUGGGCUGCAUGUCACUGAAGGCAGCAAGAUCUGGGAUGCAUAUCGAGAGUUUGAAGAGGCUAUUUUGUUGACCAUGGAUGACAGUAACAGUGAGGUAUACCAGGUUUUAAGCUACAUCAGAUUAUGUGUAACCAUAAAUUUCUUUUUAAUUAAUUCUAUUCACUCUUGCAUUGUGUAUGAGGAAUAACUUUGACGGCAGUAUCUUGGGGGUGGAAAAUAGAAAAAGGUGGGUAGGUUCACAUUGCAUUCAGCUUACCAUAAGUGUGCAAAUGGAGUUUCCAUACAUUUGGCUUCUUCUCCAGAUUUCUACAAAUAUUGAAAGUUAGGAUUUUGAUUUGAAUGAUCACAUUGGGGAGACCCCAACUAUGAUUGGAUGGCUUUCUUUGUGGACAACAUGAAGACCUUUUGCAGCGAGUUUGUGGACGAGCAUUGAACCAUAUGUCCCUUGGGUGUCUCUGUAGUGGAGAUAUUUAGCAAAAGCUUCUCAACAGUGUAGAAGAUCUAUAGACAUUUGACUUUAAUAAUGGGUAAUCCUAGUGAUAGAGUCAGAGAGUGGGUCUGAAUUCUUUAUGGCGAGGUGGGUUAAUCCUUUUUGAUUUUGGGAGGGUGAGGUAAUUUAACUUAGGAUUCACCAUCUCCGUGUAGGCUAUAUAAUUUUGUGUGAUAGGGUUGAGAUGAGAGCAAGGGGAAGACUACAAUCCUACAUUUUCUUCAGUUGACGUUUAACCCUCUCCAAGCAUAGAAAAGGUAGGAAUAGUUGAACAAAAGCAUGCUGAAAUUUUCCACCUAUGUUAUAUUUGUACUGUAAUCACGUGAAGCUGUGAUCUGAGUUGUUCUGUUGGGAAUGCCCUAGAGGAUGUAAAUUUAUUCAGCAUUCCACACAAAAGCCAAAUAUUUGAAUUUAUGGCGAUAUAUCAGUCAGUUCUUGUCUUGAAAUGUUGCCGGAAAUAACUAUUUUGCCUAAUGAUAUUUGAUAGCGAAGUUAAUAUCAGCCCAGAUUAUUAGAAAAAUGUUUUAUUUGUUGUAAAGCUAUGAUAGAAGAAAUGAAGAAGGAUCUACAAUUCUCCUAGAAAUGAAUGAAGAAUUGGGGUUAUGGAAGGAAACCUUGACUCUCGAUAUAUUUAGUUUUUUGCUGUCACCCAAGUUUUCAUUAAGAGGAAGAUUGGCUCGAAAGGUUUGCAUUGGGUGCAACCACUUUCGGCCAAUUCCUUCGGUGGUCACUGGACUCUGGCUGACUCACGAUUGUUGUGAUAGUGCUUAAGAUUUACUGCUUCACUGAUUCUGGUGCAGAAGACUGCAACCAUAUAAUUUUAUAGGUCCUACUGUAUUUCAUAUUUCUGUACUAGUAAAGAUCUGAAUAGUGUGCAAAAAAGUAUUGAGAUGGUGACCAAGGUUACAUCUGUUUUGUAGGACAAGGCUAAACAGAUAAAUCGUGUCCGUUCUCUGUUCCAGCGCCAGUUAUCAAUCCCUCUUGCUGAUUUGAAUUCAACAUUUCUUACUUACAAGCAAUGGGAGAUUGGACUAGGAAAUGCUUGUGAAAACAGCUCCGAUGAGUUGGAUGUGAUUCCGAAGAGUGUGGCAUCUGCAUAUCAAAGGGCCUUGGACAUGUACAAUGCUCGUGUAUCUUAUGAAGAUCAGCUUUCUGCUUCAAAUUCUGCUGACUCUGAUAGAAUCCAGCAUUUUAUGGUAUGGUACACGUCAGAAGGAACUAUCCACAUGCCAUUCUCUUGCUCACAAUUUUGUCUUAAGAAUGCCUUUUUUCUUUUCGGGAGUUAGGUCUGUGUUAUUAGCUGGUUUUUUCUUGUUUCAAGUUAAUUAAGUGUUUAUCAUUCUUAUUCGUGAAACGAUAUUUUUUUCAUUAGUUAUUUCUUGUUUUAGUUCAACUUCCAGGUUGAUCUGCAUUUUUUUUUCCUGUGUGUAUUUCUGAGUCGAUUAUUUUAUUUUUUAUUUCAAACAAUUAAGUUAUAAUCGCCUUGAAAUAUCUGUUUUUGGUGAUGGAUAUAUGGAAACUGAUACGGAUUACAAUAAUUUUUUGGUGCUUUGACAUGCUAACCCUCUUUUCUAGAUUCUCUUUGAUUCCAAUGGUUGUUAUCCAAUUGCUAUCAGUUUAUGCAUGAUUCGAAGGAACCAAUGUGUAGGCAUUUAUAUGUUUUGUUUUUUGGUUCCUAUUCUUUCUUAAAGAAAGUAAGUUUCCUGUUUUCUGCAGUCAUACAUAAAGUUUGAGGAUUCAUCUGGGCAUCCUGCUCGUGUUCAAACUCUUUACGAACGUGCUAUCUCAGAGUUCCCUAUUUCAAGUGAUCUUUGGUUGGAAUAUACUAGUUACAUGGAUAAAACUUUGAAGGUACUUUUAAGAUAUAUUAAUGAACUUUUCGUGGUGGGUAAUUGUGACAGAAUAUGCUUUUUCUCUUUUCAGAUCCCUACUGUUUUGAAGGAUGUUUAUUCCAGAGCUACAAGGAACUGCAGUUGGAUUGGCACUCUUUGGGUCCAGUACUUGCUUUCUUUGGAGCGUAUUGCUGCUUCAGAAAAGGAGUUAUCUGCGGUAUGUUCCCAUUUUUAUUCCUUUCUUUGAGUGAUCUUAUUGGUGCUACGUAUCACCUGAUUUAUUGUAUAUCAUGAUUUCCAAACUAAAUCUUUAGGCUGGUACGUUCGUACUGGAUUUUUUUUGAAAACUGUGUAGGAUGUCUAAAUAAUGAAGCUUUGGGAUGCAUCUCAUGUACCUCCAGCUUAGAUGUGCUUUUUAUUGGGAUUUUCAUAUUUACCAAUGAAUAUGUUCUUCUAUACUUCGUAUUCAUGAAAAUUGGGGCUUCAGUUUAAGAAAUAAGAACUGUAUAUGAUUUUCUAAUCUUGGGAUGUGAUUUAUUCCUCUUUAUGCUGUCUCACUUUUCUCACAGAGUGAAUUUUUGCUGUUUACCCUUUGGUUUGGGCUAGGGGCCGUUUGAAUGCGUAUUUUAUUUUUUACUUAUUAUCCUUUGAGGGAAUCAGCUUUAUCUUUUGGUGAACAUUUUUCUACUCUAAAGUGGAAUAUUAGGUAAGUUUAUUUUUUAGGAGGGUGACUUAAAUACGGUUAUUUUGAGUUUCAUUGAUCAUUGUCUCGUGAAAUGGAUAUAAUUGGUUUAAAAUGGUUCGGUAAAGUUUAGGGUUACAUAUUUCUUGAUUUACAAUUGUGUUACCUGUGUAGGUUAUACUAUGCUGUAGAGUUUUUGAUAGGUUUUCUAUUUCUGUGCCUGAUGGUCCAUAAAUGCAUCAUAAUUAACUGUUUGCUUUGUACUUUUAUCUUUGUUCUUGCGUUAGGUCUUUGAGCAGUCCUUGCAGUGUGCCUUUUCAAGCUUCAAUGAGGUAAGUUACAGAGGAUCCAUUACAUUUGUCUGUUUUAUUUUCUCACACAUCUAUCUUUUCCUUGGACUAUUUUGUCACUUACUGUUUGCCAUUAUAGUUUUUCCUGCCAACAUGGUGAUUACCUGUUGCCUAAAACAAUUACAAGCAAUAAUGUGUAUCUAAAGAGAUAGGAAGUUGCUUGUAUGAAAUCCUUGUCAUUACAGGUUGAUCUGAUAAAAAUGAAUUUGGGAAGCUUUUUGUUGUAAGUUGUUAGGCAGAUGUAAUCAAGGAUGGCACCAGAAGCCAGCCAGAACACUUUGCAUGCAAGUUCAUAAGCUUUCUGAAAUUUUAAACGGAAUAUAAGAAGUAUUUAGAAUAUUAAUGUAUUGUGUUUAAUUACGAAAGGUUUAAACCCCUGUAAUUAUCAUCAUUAAAAAUAAAUUCGAUUUCUUUUUGUCAGAAUCUGUGGAGCAAUCCAUUCGAAGUUUCUCUCUAUUUUUUUUUGUUUGUGAAUAUUGUUGGUUUAUUUCUAUUGACAGUAUUUUGCCCCUUUGGCACUUGCAGUAUUUAGAUUUAUUUGUCACUCGUGUCGAUAGUUUGAGACGAAGAAUCUCCUCAUGUGGGCUGAAAGAUGAUGGUCUGGACUACAGCUUAAUAAGGGCCACAUUUGAGGUAAUUUGAACUUAAUCUUCUCUGUGCAUUCAAUCAAGUAUAACACGAUUCUUAUGAAAAAAGUACUGAAAAUCUUAAUCAAAUGGCUUCAUUAGUUUCUUAUGAACUUGAGUGGCUUUGGAAUAGUGCUAAUCUUGCUUUUCCCUACAAUGCCAAGCCAAAAUUACACCAUACUGUAAUCUGUAAAUUCUCUGAAUACGUUUUCUACGUCAGAAAAUGUUCUUGAUAAUUUCUUUUAGGUUUUUCAUGACGCGUUUCUAAAAUUUUUAUCUGUGUUGUGGCGAACUGUAGCUCACACUCAAGGAUGCAAUCCUUGUCUGUACUCUAAUAAAUUGUAUCGAUUGUUAAUGAAGAAUUAAUCCAUUUAACUUCAUUCUGCGAGGAUUAUAACAGAUGAUUUCUCUUGUAUGGGCGGUAGUAUAUCAAUUGAUUGCUGUCAUGUAAGCUGAUCCAAAUGAAUGGUGUUUAGGCGGACACCCGAGCAUUUGCUUUUUACCCAAAAAUGAUUUUUUAACCCUUUUACUACUUUUUCAUUAGUAUUGGACAAAGUUGUCAUGCUGAAUAUCGCAUGAUUUCUUUAGUAUUUUAGUAUUUACAUUUCAUCGACUACUUUUUUGCUGUUCUACUGAUUCUACUUCAUUAUAGGCGUGCGCAGACAAUGAUUCAUAUAAAAUAUUAUUCUCAGUAUGAUCGUGGUACUUUGCAUCAAUGGUCACUCAUCCUGUGCAUGCCCGAAUUCAAUAGCCUUCGAGUUUAUUGGAGAACUUGAAGUGGAUUUUAGGAAUGUAUUAUAUUCAGUAUGCUUUGAUAAUUUUUCGUUUUAAAAUAUUUGGGUAAUAUAGAUGAGUUAAAUAAAGUAAGGAUGAAAUUCAAAAAGAUUAAAACUGCAACUGCAGGAAAAUAAGUGGGUGAAGUACAAGAAAUUAUGGGUAAAAUUUCAUGCGUCAUGAACUCAUUCAUGACCAACAGUCACUAAGAAGUAUUUUAUGAUUUACUAUGACUGUGGUUCUCUCCCACUCACAUAUGGUAGACCCAGCAACCAAAUGCAUUGGUUGCUGAGUUAUGACAGGUUGUCCGAUUUUCUUCUUUUUCUUCCCUUUCCCAUCCUCUCCUUUCUUUUCAUCUUCGUACAUGUUUUUUCUUCCAUUAUUACAUCUGCAGGAAAUUUUCGUUGCUCUGAAACUGCAAAAGUUUAUUAUAGAUAUUCUGAAGUGUCGUACCAAAGAGAUAAAGACUCGGAUAUUUGGUGAUUUCUAGCUAGACUCUGAAUUAGUCGGCGAAAAUUAAUUGAUUUAAUAUUAGGUUGUAAUUGAGAAGUCCCUCUAAUACCUGUUGACUUUCUUGUUUGCGUUAUUUUGUAAUAGUGUAAAGUUGCAAUUUCUUUCGACUGCUGAGCUUGGAGCUCUUUAUUUUAACGAGUUUUAUGGGAUUAUUAAGCAUCAAAUAUUUUUUUACCGAUUUUCCUUUUGUAAUAUUGUGAUUGAAUCUGAAAGUUUGCUAUCCAUGCUGAUGAGAUAUCUCUGUCUCCUUGUAAUGUUUUGUUUCUCAAUUUUUGGAGGUCAGACCACCGACACUAAAUUGGUUUUCUGGUUUUUGGACAGCAUCUGCUUAUUUACCUAAUAUGACCUUUCAAUUGAUGUCUUUCUGAACACCUGACAGCUAUAACUGGGUAUUUCUGUCUAUGCUUUUGAUGUAAUGACGAGACAGAAAAGCAUUUAUGAUGUGUUUGCUAGCUUAUUUCUUUGCUCUACCGUCUUGAUUGAAUUUUGAGCAUUUGUGUGGAUUCUUCCUUUCUUAGGUUAAAUUAUUGGUGUUGUGAGUUGCAUUUAUUUAUUUCCUGCCUCACUGACUGUUGGUCUGCAUGUUGCCUUGUUUUGUCACAGCGUGCCACCGAGUAUUUAUCGUUAGAAGGGAUUGGGAUGGAGGAUUCACUGCAUCUGCACGAUUAUUGGGCUCGCUUAGAGAUGGACCUGGGGAAGGAUUUGAUAGCAGCCCGUGGAGUUUGGGAAAGCUUGCUUAAAAAAAGGUCUUUAUCUGGGGACACAUUGCCAGCUGCUACUGCUUGUAUUUGGCGAAUUCUCAUUUAAAUGCGUAAACAACUGAAAUGCCUGUGUUUCUGUUCAUUUAGGAUGUUCUCGCACUUCCAGCAACUUGUUUUGGGCUUCACGUUCUUACAUUCUAUACACUACUUACUGCAGUGGCGCUGUGUUGGAAGCUUGGAAAGGUUACAUAGAUAUGGAGAUCAGAUUGGGUAAUACAAAUGAGGCAAGAUCCAUCUACAAGAGAUGCUAUAGCAAAAAAUUCGUUGGAAACGGUUCCGAGGUAUGUUUCUUUUUGCUUAUAGGCUGUGUUAAGUAAAUGUCAUUUGCUUUUUCUUCAUGUGGCUUUCUUUUUCUGAAAUCGUAAUUUUUAUGCCGCAUUUUUGCAGCUAAUUCUAAAUUCGUGACUCUGAAUCUUAUCUGGCUCAUGUUAACUUGCUUCUGUUUGGAUAAUUCUCUUCCUAUUAUAUUUGGUCUCUGUUAAUAUUUUUAAAUCCUUAGUCCUAGAUAAUCUCCAAGAUUGCUGACCCAGGAAAUUAUAUCGCACCCUGUUUACAAUUUUAUUUUUUGUUCCUAUUCAUCCUCUAGGCAAACUCCAAGGAUGUCCCUACCUUUCUCAAAUGGUAUAUUUCUUUGUUAUCUUUUUUUUAUUUCCAAAUUACUCGCUAAAAUUUCUUGUUAUAAAAGUUUAGUACCAAUGAUAUUUAGCUCGUGUUAACAAUUUGGUAAUACAUCUUGGUGAGCACCAAAUUAAGGAAGGAAUAUCAUCGUCCAUUGUUUCCCUCGCCGUUUUUCAAUGUAGUUUGUUAACAUGCGAACAAGAUCAUGACAUCUGACCGUGCCCCUCUGAUGACCACUAUAUUGAUGUAUAUCAAGUUCAAUGGACGAAGAGGCUGGAGGAAGCUCCGUAUUCCCUUGUUCCGCCAUGGGUUCCUCCAAUUUGUAAAUUACAUGAAUUUCCCUCCUUGGACAAGUUGCCCCAAUGUUUUCAUUAUCUGGGUUCUUCCAUGCACCACUUUCGUACCCUGCACGUGCCAGCUGAGGUUGUCUGUCGUGGAAUCUUCAGCUAUGUUGUCCGCAGUGCCUCCACUGUCACAUUGGCCAUGGUUACGCCUGCACCUGCUGAGUGGGGUUAUGUCCAUCGGUGCCUAUGUGCAUGCUAGACUCUUUGUCCAAAACUUUUUUUUGGCUGAGCAAGGUUCAACUAACCUGGGUGCCCUAAUGAGGGGGUGUGUCACAGUGUACUGUUUGAUGCCUUCUCAUUCUUUGCAUAUUGUGUCUUUUCCCAAUAAUUUAUCAUGUGGUGGAUUUUGAUAAAGAAUGACUCAACUGAAAACUUUCAUAAAAACCUGUGCCAUAAUGGGGUGUCAUUUGCAUAUCUUUUCCCAUUUAUUCACGUUGUUAAUAUGUAAUUUAGUUUUAUGGCAGGACGUGACACUGUUCCUCUGUUAUAUGUUCUACCUGCUUUGGCAUUCUGUCUUCGAAGAUACACAAUAAUCGUUUCCUGCUAGUUUACUUAUUUUCCCGUCUUUAGGUGUUUUUUAAGCUAUCGUAAUAAAUUAAUAUUGUGCUUCAGAUGAUACCUGUCUCCUAAAAGAACAUGGUUAUUCAGGAUAUUUGCCACUCUUGGUUGCGGUUUGAAAGGCAAUUUGGUUCUCUUGAUGAUUAUGAUCUUGCGAUGAAGAAGGUAAGCUUUCUCUGGCGAUGAUGCUUCAUGCAUUUUAUAAUUGCUUUCUGAGUGGUGAGAGGUAGUUAGUUGGGAUGUAGUAUCUUCUGAUAACCAGUUUAUACACAGCUCUGCAACAUGGUAUUGAGCUAGGGGUGUGAUACUCUGAGGAACCUCACCUAUCCGCACCCUUGGAUCCCCCUCCUAUAUAACACCUGCAGUGGACGCCUUUAGUUUGAAACUGCUACAAGCUGCGAACAUGGCCACAUACGAUCAGAAUGUUGAGUGCCUAUGAUAUAUAUCGCAAUGAGCUGGGGCAUGAUGUCAUAUCCAACCGUUAAUGGGUGUAUUACCAUGGUGGAGAAGGAUUUUUAUUUAUUUUUUUCUCUGUUGCGAUCAAAGAAAACCAUGCUUCCUUCUCUCUUGCUAAGGGCCACUUUCAUUGAAACAGAAACCUGCUGAAUUUGGGGUAAAAAAGGAAUACUGGAAUGAUUACUCUUCUCAUUCAUGCCUACAUCAUGGUCUUCAACAAUGGCGGAGGCUUGGCAAAUGUGUAAAGAGAGCAGAACGGAGAUCGAUGAAUAAGAGAAGUUUUCCCAUGAAACUCAUCCUAUUGUGGUCGUUGGGGACCUAAAGCUGCUGUGCUGCUUUGUUAAUCAAGAAAAAUCAACGAAAAAGAUAUUAAGAUGGGAGUCGGGGCUAACACAACUAAAACAGGGUGAUCCUAAUGAGGCAGGAGUCUAUGUGGAAUUGAUGAACUGGUUAAAACGGGCCCUUGCAAUCAUUGGAAGAUUUACCAAACAGGAUAUCCUCUACGAUGUAUUUUUUUGUGUUUAUUUCAUAUUGACUUUCAUCUAUUGCCCUCCCUCAGGUGAUGCCCCGUUUGAAGGAGCUCAGCAUGUUCAGGAUGCAGCAAGCCUCCAAGACUGGUUUUCCAUCAACUGUUCCGAAUAAUGAUGCUAACGCAAGAACUCCCUCCAAGAAGAGGAAAAUGACGGACGGAUCAAUGGAAAAGCAGCUCUCUGCAAAGAGGCAAAAGGAUGUACUUCCAGGACGAGAGUCUCAUCCAGGUUCUGCUCAGAAAUCAGGGCCCGUUGAUGAUACUCAAAUGGUAACAUUCAUUCCGACCGUGUUACCCAAGUCCAAUAAAUCAGAGACAAAAAUUGAGCAAGCCGCUGGCGAUUCUGUUUCCAAAGGGGACGCCCCAACGUUCUACACGGAUCAAUGUACGGUGUUUGUCUCUAACCUCAGCCUAGAGGUAUGGUUCUCUGGAAAUUAAUUUCUCAGGAGUACUUUAAAAAGUGAUACAGAAUGAAAGAGAAUGCAUCAAUAAAUAGGUAGCAUGACUCGUAAAAUUUCUUAACGUUUCCUUCGUUUUUUUAGGUAAACGAGAACCAUCUGGGUGAAUUCUUCAAUGACGUUGGUGGAGUGACUGCUAUUCGAUUGUUGAAGGACAAGUUUACUGGUAGACCGAGGGUGCGUGCCCAAUCACACAAACAAUUUACAGUCAUCGAUUUCUAUUGGAAAUUUCUAUUAAAAGUAUAAAAAGAAAUUUACAGCGAUUUUCUCGCCACUUUUCCUGCAUUUUUAUCUCAUCUGAUCCUCUUUAGAUGCAAACUGUUAAAGAACAUGAGUUAUUUCUAGUCUUUUUCAGUUGCUGUGUGCUGUACGUGUUCAUCUUGUUUCCAUCUACAACAGGACUUCAUGGCUCGAAUCCUCAAGCCCUUGUUCCUUUCUCGACAUUCUUUAAAAUUCGGAAAAUCUUUCGUGGUCGAAUUAAAGAAACGUUAUGUUUUUUUUUUCCAUUAUUUUUUCUCGAAAUAGAUGAUCAAAUAUCUAAAUUUUAUCUGAAGUUAUUUCUCUUACUGACUUGCAUAAGGUCUCUCCUCACGGCUGCUUCCUGAACCCUUGUUUCUCUAUCUUCUACUUCACCAGGGAUUUGCAUAUGUAGACUUUUCUGACGACGAACAUCUCCAUCUGGCGAUCGCUAAGAACAGACAGACUCUGCUUGGGAAGAGAUUGAGUAUUGCCCGGUCAGAUCCAAAGCAGGGUCAGAAAAAGGGACUUACCCGGGGUGGAUUUGCAGGUGGUCGUGGUACGUCACACAACCAUGCCGUCAUUCCCUUACGUAAUGCACUGCAUUUAUAUCUCUAUACAUCGUGGGAUAUUUAUCAUAUGGUAGAGAAUUUCCUUUCCCCGUCAAGCAAACCUGUGUAGCUCUUACCAUGCUAGGACACCUGAGUGUUAACCACGCGCCACGCGCAGUCACUGAGCUGCAGCAGUUAUUACCGCAGCCAUGAACUCUUCUCCAAAUCCUCCCUAGGCCAUUCCACCCAAGAUCCUCGUCGCUGUUCAUACCUAAUGCUGCGAUAUUUUCGAGACGCUGAAAGAAGGGUAGAUCAGAUUUCAUGCUGGCGAUGAUGGCGGGUUUUGAUCCAAUCAUAUGGUGUGUUUGUUGCCGUUUCUCUGUUCUUAUACAGGUCGGAGGGCAGCUUCCGUUGAGGACGAAGACCAUGGCAGGGGGGAAAGACAGGACAGGAGUUCCAUUAAGUCUGCUUCCCACAGGCGCGGCGGUCACGUACAGUUGACCGGGAGCGCCACGUUUGCGGUGCCCAGAUCCGUCAGACCCCUCGGCUGGUCCAGUAGCGAGGCGAAGCCAGCGGACGGUGAGGAACAGCCCAAGUCAAACCAGGAGUUCAGGAGUCUGCUCAUGAAGAAGUAG